AUGGCUGAAAUUGGCUCUCCGGGCACGAGAACUCGAGGUAUAGAAAAUAUAAUAGAUGCUCCUAGUUUCUCUUUGGGAUUCACUCAACAAGAAAACCCCAUUGCAGGAGGGUCAUCUUAUGCUGAGAUGCGUAGCAAAAAAAUCAAUGAUCCAAGAAGGAACAAACAACAUCAUGAUUCUCAUGAUGAUAAAGAAAUAAAGAGGAAACAGUCAGCACCAGAUAAGAAAGUUUCUCAAGUGCCGCUACAGAAGAAGAGAAAGGUUGCCAAGAAUGUUCCUGGAGGCAAGGGCAAAAAAGUAGUUCGGAAGAAACCUUCAAUUGAUGUAGAAGACGUUGGAGAGGAUUCAAGAUUUUUGGUCACGAAGCAACCUGCCGUGGCCCCAUCUAUGCAAGGAUACACGAACGUCAAUGUAAUCAGUGACAUUAGGGCUAAACUAAAGGGGGCUGGUCAGAUGGACAAGUUUGCAGACUCUAUUUUUGGGAAAUAUCUCAGAAUGCAGCAUAUGGAUGUACAAGCACAGUUGUUCAGGUGCUUCAUGGUUAAAGAACUUAAGGGAAGUACAUACGAGUGCUUUACAUUUGAAAUUAAUGGAAAAGUAUUGUGUUUUAGCAUUAGAGAAUUUGCACUAAUCACUGGAUUGAAUUGUGUCUCCGACGCAAAUGAGUUUGUAUACGAUAAGGGGGAAAACAAUAGGCUUAUGGAUGAUUAUUUGGGUGGAACAUCUGAUCACAUCAAAAGGGGGCAGCUGAUUGAGUGUUUCAACAAUACAGAUUGGAAGGACAAAGGCGAGGACGCAGUAAAGAUGGCCAUAUUGUAUUUUAUAAAUACUUUCGUAUUCUGCGGUGAGCCUGUUCGAUCGAACAUACCUAGGAUACAUUUUGACGUUGUAGAGGAUGGGAGAUAUGUUGAUUAUCCUUGGGGCAAAGAGUCCUUCAAAGAGUUGGUUACAAGCAUCAGUCAGAAAUAUGCCGAUUUCAAGCAAUAUUAUAGGAUUCACGGAAUGCCAAUUGCCAUGCAAGUUUGGCUGUAUGAAUCUUGUUCAAAAGUCCCAUCAAAUAUUGCAAUUAAGUCGGGGAAUUUAAUUCCAAGAAUAUUGAAUUGGCGGACUAUUGAUCAAAGGCCAAAAUUUGAUGCUUUGAUGGAAGGCAUGUUUAGAGAUGACAUUCACUCGAUUUGUACUUUUCAUGAUGUUGUUCCAACCACUGUUGAGUUGGAACGACUUAAUUUGCCUCCUGUUGUUUCACAAGCUAUCCCCAACUUAACACAUGGAGUUGAAAUUGCUGAAGGCAACGAGAUGGUUGAUGAUGAAUAUGAUGACUUCAGUACCACACCACCACACAAUGUAAGGGGUAAACAGCAACAGCGGUCUGCCGUAUCUGAUUCACUGCCUCAUAAGAAACGCAGACCGGUUUCAGUUACAGAUUCUACUGUUAGGAAACAACCAGCCCGGAACGAACCACUCACAGCAUCGAAGGACGCUUCGACAUCAACGCAUCGUGUUGUCCAAACAGCCACCAAAUCCGAUGAGGUGAAACUGCUCAGACAGGAGUUUCAAGCUUUUAAGAACGAUGUAUCUGCUCAGCUUACUGAGAUUAACAAGUCCAUGAAUGAUAUUCGCAAGUCCAUGGAUGAUAUUCGCAAGUGCAUCGAUGACAAAUUCAAAAAGGUUGUUGAGGCAAUAAAGGGAAAUCAAACCUCAGAAAAGGCUGCUGAUAGCGAAGCUCCGGUAAAUCAAUACGAGGUUAGCAUACAAUACUCGCAUGAAUUCAAUCAAGAACAACAAUAUGCCAAAGAGACAUCAACUGUCAAAGUUGGUAUGGAUGAAAAUAAGUUGGCAGGCACAAUGUUAACUGGCGAUGUUUCUGGUGUUGGAAUGCUCCGAAGUACACAUAGUGGGGAUACUUUAAGGGCUUCAACUGAAGAGAUUCAAGGUAGCGGUGAAACACCCCCGAAACCAACACAACCACAGGGCGAGGCAGUCAUUGUGCAUACACAUGUGUCCGAUCCGGCAGUGCAACAAGGUGGGGUAAAUGAUGAUGCAGAAUUUAGUGCAUCAGAGCAAAUGGUAGCAGAGUUGUUAAUCCAGUGUCCUCUUGCCACCGUGAUUCCUCUUGGUCCCCCUGCAAUACAAGUUAAUGAUCAAGCUGAUGCCUACAUGUUUAAGACCCCUCAGAGCAGCAAAGUUGAGAACGUUGUACCAAAUUCUCAAUGGUUAAUUCCUGAUGAUGAAUUACCCAGCCAACUUGGAGUACAACCAACAACGGGGCAAGGUUUAGCUGCUGAAAUACCACAACCUUCAAUCGAAAAUACUGAACGCCGAAUAAUUGUCCACCCUAGCGUUGUGCGAGAUAGGAAACCCAGCAAAUACACUGUGUCCCCUUUCAUGCCAAAUUACAGCUCAGCAAGUUCUUCUGCAAGGUCUUCUGUCCCUAUCAAAUUUGAGAAGAAGCACCCCUUUGUAGAACAUCCAAUAAAUGCCCCUGCGGACAUGGCGUAUUUUCAAGAAUAUGAAAUUUGGCUCAAGAAGGGUCUGUUAUCAAGGCAUGAUAAAAAAAGAGACAAGGAAAACCACUAUAGAAAAAACAAGGAAUUAGUGGAUCAUGAUGAUGCAUGCAGAUAUGUCACUCAAGUUAGGCGUCACACUUGUUAA